GAUCAGCAACUGAUCAGUCACUGUUCAGUCACUGUUCAGUCACUGUUCAGUCACUGUUCAGUCAGGAGCACUCGGCACUUGGUAUGGGUCCAAAAUGUAUAAAUAGCUGAGCUCAAACUCUCAGACCUCAGUAUACUGAUAAACACUGACCAGUAUGUAUAUCAAACAAAGGAACCAUAAGCCAACAUUGGAGGAGGUUGCUCCUACCAUAUUGGAGAUUGCUAGGUUGAAGCGUGAAAUCAAAAGGAGGCAUAAGGAAAUCAUGCUGGGUAGACAGAUUGCAGAAGAGAAACAUGUGGAACACUUCAAACCUCUAGCUGAGCCACUAGUCAACCUAGUCGAAACCUUCCAACAGAUGCCAGUUCAACAACCACAACUACCUCCAUCAAGAGCAUCCAAGAAGCGUCCCAGGUAUCUGAAGCCUAGAAUAAAAAUGCACUCCAGGUAUGUGAAGGGUAGGCAGAGACAAUCCAAGCCAGAGUUGUUAUCAUCAGAACAUCGUCCUUUCUCAACAGCAUCAACACACCACACAUAUCCUACUCCACCAACAACACCAUUUGUUGAAGAUGCCACAUAUACAAGGCAUGGACUUACUGGUGCAAGUAAAGCAAAACAUAAGCUCCAACUCUCCAGCAUUGAUGAAGAGUCACCAACAUUUGAAUCAUAUGGAACUGGAGAAGUUUCAAGUCCAAUGGCAGGCACCUCAGGAGUUGGACGGCAACUAUGGAAAGCAGGAAAGCAGGCAUUUGAAGAGGAUGAGGGUGAGGAGUAUAAUAUGAGUAGAGGAUAUGAUGAUAGCAGUGAUGAGGAGCUGUCUGGAGAUGGACAGGAUGAUGAUAAGAAUGUUGAACAAUUAUUGAAUGAAAGUCAUGGUACAACAGUUCAGAAUAUCCUUGAUCAAACUGAUCUAGCUGGAAAACAGGUAGCUGAUUACAUUAGAGGAUCAUUGAGCAAGGACAAUGACGAUUUUGAUGACACUUUUGGGCUAAGAGUGAGAGACAAUGCUUACUACCUGGGCAAUAAGUAUUUAACUUUUGGAGAGAAUGGUGAUGAAAUUGUGCUGACUGACCCUGUAGAUCAGAAAGAAAAGACCUUCACAGCUACAUUGGGACUUUGUGAGUUGAUUUUUAAGAAGAAUCCGAAUCGUGUAUUAGUUGAAUCUGCUGACAGACAGGCCUAUGGAGAAAUAUUGAACUGGACCAGUGUGUACAGACAGAACAAUGAUCCAAGAGGUGAGAUUGUUAACUACAACAAAGCCAAGUAUAAGAAUACAAUCAAACGCCUUUUGGAUGAUAGCAGAGAUGGUGGUCAAAGACAUUCUGAGAGACAAGUGACUGGGAGAGGAUCUAUUGCUCCAAGGCGUGAUUUUAGUAAGGAGAAAAGUCAGAAGAUCUAUAGAGGAAGAGGUGUUCUGUCAGCUAUCAAGGGAGCUGCUGGUACAAUAGUUAAUAAGGCAAUCGACAUUCUACCAGUUGAACUUCAUAUCCCUGGCUAUCAAUACUGUGGACCAGGAACAAAACUUCAGAAGCGAUUAGCACAAGGUGAUCCAGGAAUCAACAAACUUGAUCAGGCUUGUAAGGAGCAUGAUAUUGCCUAUUCCAAGAGUGGUGAUACAGCAAGCAGAGCAGUAGCAGACAGCAUCUUGGCAGAGAGAGCCUGGGACAGAGUGAGAUCUGAUGAUGCGGGGGUGUUGGAAAAAGCUGCAGCACUAGCAGUCACCAACAUUAUGAAGGCUAAGGCAAAAUUUGGGGGAGGUAUGAAAAGAUCACUGAAGGAAGUCAGCAGGGUGGUUGAGAAGGGGAAGAAACAAAAGAUUCAACCAUCAAAGAAAAAAUCAAUGAAAGGAGGUCGAGGUCUUUACUUGAGACAUCAGAAACCAAAGGUUGGUACAGGUCUUUACUUGAGACAGCAGAGAUCAAAGGUCGGUCAAGGUCUUUACUUGAGAAAGCAGAGAACAGCAACACCUUAGACAUUAUAUUGAGGUACAAUCAAAAUCAUAAUGCUAUACAAAUAUGUAUAUAUAUUGGAUACAUAGCAGAUUAGAUUCAUUGUGCUGGAAUCAUCUGUGGAGAAUAGACAUUUUGUCGAUCAACUGUGUAUCUAGAACAAUAGAGAAGAUGGUACUCCUAUUCUCAAAGUGGGCCGACUAUGGUGAGUCAAAUUUACCAUCAAUCUCCCCAUUUGAUCUGAAGAUGGUUGAGGAUCAUGUAGAAGAUGAGGAAGAGGAAACUGAUAUGGAGGAGGACAAUGAGAUA